AUGGAUAGUGAAAAUAUGCUAUGCCCACCAAUCACUUGUAUUAACUGGGAGAUUUUCCAAACCAGAGUUUCACAGCUGUCUUGUGAAAACCAGUUCAAAAGAAAGUCAAGCAUUCCUGCUCUAACACAUGACGCCCGAUUAGAUAGGGAAUCCCUUAGCAGAUGCAGGAAUAUAUUGAGCCCAUGCUGCUGCAGUGGAUCACUGCUCUGCCCAAUCAUCAGAAGAUGGUGGAGGAAUUUAGUCAGACAAAUUUUACAUUUUAUCAAGAGAAAAAAGGAAAACAGAAACACAGUCCAUGCAGAUACACAGAGGUCAGAAGAUAACUCAAGAUUGAGAGCAACAAACCUUUUGAAGGACACUGAGAUAAAGCAAGAUCACAUCUUCAUUCUGAGAAACAAGCAGCAAGACUAA